AUGGAAAACAAGGAAGAAAUGAACACGAUAAAUGACAUAGGAAACAGCAAAAGGAAAUGGCGUGGAUCAGUGGGAGGCAUUGUCGAUGCACCAAUAGCCCAAGUGUGGAGCAUGGUGUCUCAAAGUAGAAGAUUAACCGAAUGGAUGCCAAUGGUUGAAAAAUGCACUGAUUUGGCAGGAGAGGAAGGUGCUUCAGGCUAUAUCCGGCUAGUAUCGGGUUUCAUGUUUCCCCAAAAAGAUGGAGAUAGAUCAUGGAUAAAGGAAAGGCUAGUUUUGAUGGAUGCCUCAUCUCAUAGUUAUAUUUACAGAAUGGAAGCAAGCAACGUAGGUUUUGAUGGAUCUUUAAAUUCGUUAAAGCUCGUGGAUUAUAGCGACGACGAUCAUGAAUCAACUCUAGUUGACUGGACAUUUGAGAUUGAUCCUGUUGAAGGUGUAUCUGAGGAAUACAUAAUUGAUUAUUUAGGGUUUCUUUAUAAAUCAUGUAUUAAUAGGAUUGAGGUCGCUAUAUGUACAAGUUUAGAACCUGCAUCCAUCUAA